GUAGCAUAGGCGUGGAAACCUCGAUAGUAAUAAAUAUCAAAUAAUCAACUAUGUCCGUUCGCGAACCUUCUAGAUCGUUUACUGGACACUUACUCUUCUAUGGAUCAGUACGAUUCUGCUCCUUUUUCUUCAGCCAUGUAUGAAUCGAAUCCAAUAUUCCUAUAAUACGCCUAUAAACAUAUGCCUGCAGUUGGUAUCUUACUAUCUUCGCUGUCUUUACAUGCAAUUUGCAUUGUACAAUCGUAAAACCAUCCUAAUCGUAAAACCACUAUCCUGCUUGAUGCAAAUUCGGCCAAGUCUGAUCCGUUUUCAAUAUUUUUUACUAUUUGGCGAUCUGAUCAAUCUCGUUUGACUGUGAUUUGUUACCAUGGUGGACUCGGUGCCUGCUAUGUUUGGCUUGUUGGUUAGCGGUAGACUGGUACGGACAGAUUUUGAACGUUUGGAAGAAACAAAAUUUAUGAUAACUAUCAACUCUGCUGAGUCUGUGAAUUACAUUUGUGUAUUUUUGACCGGACUUGUGCCAUUUCCUGAGGGAACAGCUGGUUCAGUGUAUUUCAGUUGGCCAGAUGAAAAUGCAAAACCAAAUUGGCAACUAUUAGGUAUUCUGUCUAAUAACAAGCCAUCCGCUAUUUUUAAGCUUUCAAAUCUUAAACAGCAUUUUGAUAUAACAAACCAACCAAUAAAUGCAUUUAGUCAAUUCCCAUCAAUUUCUAUAAAUGCUCAAAUUGGUAUUUCCAUUGAACCUUUAUUAAAUGCUGAAAUGCAAACAACCAGCAUAGAACCAACACAAAAUUUAUCAACAUUUGUCGAGUUCACACAAAAAAUGGUACAAAAUUUAUACAAUUAUGUAUCUAGUUAUGCAGUUGACGGUGGUCCACAGCAGACAUCCAUGGUACCGCUCUUAUCAGUUCAAAAAUGGUAUGAAAACUUUGAGAGGAAAUUAAAUUUAAACCCAAAUUUUUGGAAAUCCUAGUAUCCAAUUUUUAAUAUAUAUCUAAUUCUUCUUUAUACUUAGUGUAAUAUGAUUUAUUUGAUACUAAAAUGAUAAAUUGGCAUUAUAUAAUAUGUUAUACAACUAUUUGAUAAGUAAUAUACAGAGACUGUCUAAAUUGUUGUUAAGGAUAGUCUUUAAGUUUAAGCUAUGUGCCUUAAAUUAAUAAUAAGACUUAUAUAAAAUAAUUUAAAAUAUGUAUAAUGUAUAUACUUUUAGAUACUUAAAUUGUGUUUAAUGAAGGAUUUAUUUUCAUUUUUUGCUUUUCCUCAAGUUACUAUAAUUUUAGUACCUGUUAAGAAACAAAAGACCUUUUUCCAUAAAAAAAAGUGUUCAUUAUUAAAAAUAAAAUUAUAAUUCUCAUUUUGUACAACUUGCUCUUGUUUAUUUUUUAAUUAUUUGUGACAAAUGUUUGUAAUAAUUUUAGUUUACUAAAAAGCAUAAAAGUUUCAUGACCUAUUUAAAAACAAAAAUGUAUAUUUUUGCAGAGAUUAGGACCAUUUGUUUUUAGUCACUUUUAAAAUAUAUUGUAAUAUUUUAUUUUAUAUUUAAAUAUUUUUUUUAUCCAUGGCUUCAUUUAUCAAAAACUUACCUAUGUUUUAAUAAUAUUAUACAGUUAACAGAACAUUUUUUGUUUGAGUGCUAUGUGUUUUAUACUAAAUUUUUGCUUUGUACAAAUGAUACCUAUAAUUACAUAAUUUUUACUGUCAUGUUAAAAUUAUUAAAUUGGUUUUUAUUCAUUAUUAUAGUUAUUUACAUCAUAUA